UCCCCCCUCCCGGCCUGUGCGCGCGCGCUCGCUCGCUCGCUCUCCCUUCGUUUUUUUCUCCCCUCCCUCCCAGCCUCUCUCCUGUCUCUCCCCCUCGAGCUCUCGGCUGCCCGCGGCUCCUUCUCGCUCUCCCUCUCUCUCCGGUAGGCUCCGUCGAGCGAUGCGAGCUCUGGGAGACAGCGACGCCGCCUCCCGCUAGAGACCUGCCCCCCGGCCCGGCCCCUUGCCCAGCCCUGCCCAGCGCGCGGGGGUCGGCGAAGGCGCCGCGGACGCACCAACGGCGGAGGAUCCGCGAUGCAAAUGCACUAGCGGCACCCCCUAACUCACUCCCUCCACACCCCGCGCCGCCUCCUCCUCCGGCAGCAGCGGUAGAAGGACCCACCCUGCCCCCCCACCCCACCCUCCGCCGACUCCGGCUCCUGCCUCGACUAUUAUUUUAUUUAUUUUGGGUCGUGCACAAGCCUCAGUGCCUGCAGCCCGCGCCUCCUCGGACCGCGGGCACCUCCUCCCUCAGCUCCGGAGCCCCAGACCCCAGCCACCUUCGCCUCGACACCCCCAGAGCCCCGCCAGCUGCCGCGAGUCUCCGCGGCUGGGAGCUUGUUAGAGGCUGUCUUUUUGGGGGGUUCUGGUUUCUCGACAUUUUUGUUUUCAACCAAGGGGAGGCUAUCGUGAUUUUUUCCCCUUUGAGCCCAGGUUCUGCUCUUUGGGGGGGUGGGGGGCGCGUCGAGCCGGGGAGCCGUGCCAGCCGAGUCGUGCGGGCUGUGGCAGGGAAGGGGCCACCAUGGGAUGUACUCUGAGCGCAGAGGAGCGAGCCGCCCUCGAGCGGAGCAAGGCGAUUGAGAAAAACCUCAAAGAGGAUGGCAUCAGCGCCGCCAAAGACGUGAAAUUACUCCUGCUGGGGGCUGGAGAAUCAGGAAAAAGCACCAUUGUGAAGCAGAUGAAGAUCAUCCACGAAGACGGCUUCUCUGGUGAAGACGUGAAGCAGUACAAGCCCGUGGUCUACAGCAACACCAUCCAGUCCCUGGCAGCCAUCGUCCGGGCCAUGGACACUCUGGGCAUCGAGUACGGUGACAAGGAGCGAAAGGCCGACGCCAAGAUGGUGUGUGACGUGGUGAGUCGGAUGGAAGACACAGAGCCCUUCUCUCCAGAGCUGCUCUCUGCCAUGAUGCGACUCUGGGGCGACUCGGGGAUCCAGGAGUGCUUCAACAGGUCCCGGGAGUAUCAGCUCAAUGACUCUGCCAAAUACUACCUGGACAGCCUGGACCGGAUCGGGGCCGCCGACUACCAGCCCACCGAGCAGGACAUCCUCCGAACCAGGGUCAAAACCACCGGCAUCGUAGAAACCCACUUCACAUUCAAGAACCUCCACUUCAGGCUGUUCGACGUCGGGGGCCAGCGGUCUGAGCGCAAGAAGUGGAUUCACUGCUUCGAGGACGUCACGGCCAUCAUCUUCUGUGUCGCGCUCAGCGGCUAUGACCAGGUGCUCCACGAAGACGAGACCACGAACCGCAUGCACGAGUCACUGAAGCUCUUCGACAGCAUCUGCAACAACAAAUGGUUCACGGACACGUCCAUCAUCCUAUUUCUUAACAAGAAAGACAUAUUCGAAGAGAAGAUCAAGAAGUCCCCGCUCACCAUCUGCUUUCCGGAGUACACAGGCCCCAACUCCUUCACAGAAGCCGUGGCUUAUAUCCAGGCCCAGUAUGAGAGCAAGAACAAGUCCGCCCACAAGGAGAUCUACACCCAUGUCACCUGUGCCACCGACACCAACAACAUCCAGUUUGUCUUUGAUGCCGUGACGGACGUCAUCAUCGCCAAAAACCUUCGGGGCUGUGGCCUCUACUGAGCCCUGGCCUCACUGCCCAGCCGCCUGCCACCCUGCUGCCCCAGCCCACCUUGGAGCCCACGCUCCGCCACCUCCCAGCCCACUCUCUGCCCUUGACAAGGAAGCGCCAGCGGCUGGCACCAGGGGGGCUGGACAGGAAGCGCCCUCUGGCCACCCUGGCCCCAGACGCCAGAACACGUGGUAACGGGGCUGGUCGGGAGGCCGAGUGCCCACACCUGCCGCGAUGGGCGACUCGCCAGCCUCUGCUUCGUCGCCGGGUCUUUUCCCUGGGGGACAGGGCUCUGGGGUCAAGGCCGCCGGAGUGGGUGUGUGCUCUGUGCGGUGAUUCACGCUCGAAGUCUUGGGGUCUCCUCCUGUCAUCUGAGGCUGUGCAGGGGUGGGGGCGGUGGGAGCCACUGCUCAGCUUUUUUUGGGGUCUUUCUGGUUGAGGGCAGCUCCGUCACCAAAAAGCCAGGGUGGGACCAGACCACCAGCUGUGUGUGGGUCUGGGGGUGCUCAGGCCUCAGCCACUGCCUCCCUCCUCCUCCCCUUGGAUCUCUGCCCCCUGGACGCCAGCCCUUCCUUCUCUGGGCUCCCCAACACCCUCCUGGGGAACCGCCACCCCCGACUCUCGUAGGUCUGCAAAUGCUCCUGAGACUGACUUCUUGCAGAGGUGUGUGGGGGGUGGUGGGAAGGUCGAGUCCCGCGGUGCCUGGACAGAGGUCGGUGGAGGAAGGCCGUGGGGAGGGGAGGCCCAGGGGAAGUGGCACUUGUGUUGACUGCCGUGGGGGCCUCACAGCCCGCCUUUGCAGACCGCAGGGUGGUUCCUCUACUUCUCCCCUCAGCCGGGUCUCGGGCAGCCACUCUGGGGUGUGAGCGGAUAUGCUUUUUUGUCUUGAAUUCAGGGUGAAUCCAGUGCAAACCUGCUGGGGCCCCAGGGGGCCUGGGGACUGGAGAUCCUGGGGUGGAGGAGGCCCAGGAGAGGUGUGGACACGGCCGCUGUAGCCAGUGUCCCAGCCUCCUCCUGUCUUGGUGAAGAAAUAGGAGAGUCUGUUCGCAGCCUUUGGGGUCCCGCCAGCUCAGGGGGCAGAGGAAAGCACGUGGACGGGCUCACCACACUGGAGUGCCCUGUGAGGGGUGUAUCCUGGCCCACACACACACCCAGUCCCCUCCUCUGGACCAAGACCCCUUGGAGGAGCUUUGUUCCUGAGAUACCUGAGCAGAAAAGGGUGGGGUGACUCCUCCUGCUGACUCAGGCCCUGGCUGGCCUGGGAUGGUGAACACACCACCCCCUCUCUCCUGGGCGCCCCUCGCUGGCUGAUGCUGCCAACCCACAGCCUGGCAUACACCCCAUGUGCUUGGGUGGUGGCUCUGUGCCUUGAAUGAUGGCUCUGCCUAGGGAGACAUAUGCGCCUAUGGGAAGCGAGGGGCUCCCCCUCGAGGGGGCUCCAGCUCCUCCCUCCUCAGGCCCUCUGCUCCUCCAGACCCCACACGGGCUCUGCUCGGUCCCGGGUCAGGCAGGACCCCUGAACUCCCAGUGCAGCCCCCGACUGCCCUGCAGCCAGGAGCCCUGGGCUUCUUGUUUCCCACAGGCAGAGCUCUGGGUGGUGCAUGGGAAAGCCAGGGCACCUGCCCUAGUGCCAAAUGCCCGCAGGGGCGGCUGAGCCCGUCCCCCACCUGGCUCUCCGCUGCUGCCCCUGGUCUCAUGGGAACUCGCCAAGCAUCCAGGCCACAGGAGCCGCCCUGCCAGCCCAGGUCCGUUUCGGUCUUGUCUGCCUUGCUGUGUGCUGUGCCUUGUACCGGGUGCUGGGUCGUGGCAGAGAUCAGGCCCCUGGAGCCAAAUGCCUCCGUGUCCUGUGUGGGCAGCCCAGCCCUGUCAGGCCAUCUUGCCCAGUGCUGAAUACGUCGCUGUUAUUUCCGGGCACCACCACCCUGGGUAUGACCAACUGUGCCCCUCAGUCUGUCCUGUGACCCCCAGGCUCAAAAACAGCUGACAAGCCCCAUCUUUAAGGCCGUCAUCCUGGAGAUGGUGGUCACCAGCUGUCCUUAGCAGCAGGCAGGUGGGAGGGCCCCAGACCCCAGCCCACCCUGCCUACAGCAUUAGGAGGCUGGGGAGUGGGCUGCUUGGGGCCUUCCUACCCCUCUGUCCCCUGGGCGGCCUCCCCUGUCUCUACCCUUCUCAGCUUCUUGUGCUGUUCCUGCCCUCUGACCCCGGCCUGCCCAGGGGUCCCUGGCUGUCUAGUCACAGCCCCCACGGAGCAGGUGUCUAGGGGUGAAAUUCCCUUCUGUCCACUGCGUCUCCCAUCCGCAUCGUUACAGGCAGCUCCACCCUGUGGAGGAGCAACUGAGGUGACGGAUGAGUUUUGGCUCCGUCGUGGGUGUGGGGGUGCUGGGGGCGGUGUUACGAGUGACCAGACUGGGUCACCCCAUGUGUGCCCCCCCAGAGGCCAUGCUUCAGACCUCUGAGGGCCUCUAGUCAUCAGGCCAAAGGGAACCUGAUUCUGGGAGGGGCGCCCUCGCCGAGCCCGUGAAGGCUGCACCUGCCGUCUGGAUUUGUGGGCAGCGUCUGUGUCCUGCGCCGAUUACCCCAGAAAGAGCGGGCGCUUGGCCUUCCCACAGAGAGCAGGGAGAGGCCCCAAGGCGCUCUGGCCUGACUGGAGGAGGCAGUGCCUGAGGCCCUCAGAUGGGCUCAGUGGAGCCUGUGAGGUCUGCCCUGAGGAGGGGGCAGGGGUUGCCCCAGCCCUGAGCAGACAGCACGGCUCGGGGCCUCUCACCGACAGCUCAGACAAUACGGUUCUGGGGCCUCCUUCCAUGGAGCACUAGAGGCCUAGCACCCUGGCCCCUGUCCUGUCUGGCUGCAGCAGAGCCUGGGGGCCCAUGGCCACAUGGGGGUAGGAGGCACAGCUCGGGCAGACAGCCACCCUGGUAUCUGGUGACGGGAUACCCUGGUAUCUGGGCCUCCCAGCACCCCCCCACCAUACCCAGCUCCACGCCCCAGUGACAGAAACUGGAGGCACCCUGCCCCCACAACGGUCCUCUGUGACUUCACAAGCGCCCUCCCUACCCGGAGCCCCCGCAGCAAGGCUGUCCUUAAACAGCCCUCCCCAGCGGGGAGGACCCAGGCAUCACCUCACCCAGGCCCUUCCCUUCUGCUGGGGUGAGUCCUGCAAGGGGAGAGGUUAUCCCCUGGCUUCACCCCUCCCUGCCCUGGGACAGUUUCUGCCUGGUGCAUGAUCCUGCCGGUUCUCCACUCUGGCCCACAUCUCUCCUGGCCCCUCCCUCUUCUCUGGCCUGACCCAGGGCAGGCCAAGCACAUGGCUCUUGGUGAAUAAAUCCACCGCAGUCCGGGCCCCAGCCUUUUCUCCAGACCAGGCAGUAUCCUAACCCCGUCUCUGCGAGUAGGGCACACGGAGCCUCGGCAGGUGGCCCCUGCCCUUCCCUGAGCCUUCUGGAUGCCUUCGGGCACAGCCUGGCAGUUCUCAGGAACUGAAGCCCGAGGCUCCGGCUCCAGGGCCACCAGAGAUUCAACCUGGGGUGCCAGAGGCCAGCAUCCCCCAGACAGUCCCCCCGAUGUCAACCCACAGGCCUACAGAGAGAAGGGUCCAGCUGCCCACGGCAAUGAGACCAGACAGGACAGCCAGGUCAGGACCAGGGUCUGUGAGUGCUGCCCCCGACUGCACCCCCUCCCCCGGAAAGGCGAGUCUCAGCCCUCUGGGCCGGGAGCAAAGUAAGGCCUUCCCCGGGGGGCUCCAGGCAGACCCCACCCCAACAGGUGAAGGCCCCUGUCAGGGGAGAGCCUGGCCUGGGCAGAAGCAGAGAAGGCCCACCCAGACCCCGUGCACCCAGACCACCAGCCUGAACACACGGCCCGUUCCCUGCAGAGCCAGUGGCUCACAGGCACCGCUCUCCUGUGGCCUGUCCUCUCAUUGCCCCCCACACCCCUGCACCCCCAUACCUGCCGCCUCCCCGAGCAGCCAGGCCCUUCACCUCCCUGUCUCCUCUGCCUCGGUCCCCCUGCAUCCUCCCCUCCUGUGGCCGGCAGAGGUGGACCUGGGCACCCCCUUCCUUCCUUAGCAAACCUCCUGUCUUAGGUACAGUGGUCCCACCUCCCAGCCCCACUCCCACCCACCCCUUAUUAACUGUAAUUUUGUAAGAAGAGUGACUCUUUGGUUUAAUAAAUCUCUAGUCAUUGUAAUAAUUUAUUGGCUGCCGUAAUGUAUUUAUUAGUCACCUACCAUUAAUAAAAAGUGCCAGCUUUUUCUAGUGUGAGUGUGGUGUGUUGUAUCAGUGCCCAAGUUGCUUCCGCCGGGCACCCCCCUGCACAUCCCGUGUCCUGGGGCUGGACUGUGGGCCACCCGGCAGAGGGCACAGUGGGACAGGGCAGGGGGAUUCCAGGUGCCAGGGGGUGUGGUGAGAGCAGAGGCUGUCCUGUCCAUCCAGAGGGCUUGACACCGGCCACUGGCCACACUCUGCUGGCGAGUGGGAGAGACAGGAAGGUGACGCUGAGCCGGGGUGGGUGCUGUCGCCUGGCUGUGACCCCUGGCUUCCUUCUCUUCUCUCAAAUGUUGACAUCUCUUCUGAACGUGUUCUGGCGUCCAUGUUCUCUGGGCAAGCAUGUACGGACAGGCAGGGCUCUUGGUUCCUUGGGAGUGGGUUCCAGUGUGUUCAGAGUGAUGAGCAGUGAGGCCUGUGGGGUGAGGAGAGGGUCUCAGCGCCGGCGCCUCCCCUCCCCACCACCAUCCCUGCAUCUCCCUCCGUCCAGGCUCACUCCCCAGGUCUGACUGGGGAGCCUUACUGCCUGCGGGCCCCUCUCCUGCUCUGUACCGCUCGCUCCCUCGCUCGCUCGGAACCGGGACCUCUUCACGUGUGUGCACUUUCUCUCCGCGACUAGACUGUGUGCUGUCUGCAAGCAGGAGCCUGUGCUGGUCAUUCCUGCAGCCCCACAGAGGGCUGCACACAGACCCCGCUGGUGUGAGCGGGAAGAGCGCCCGCUCUGCAGCCCCGGAGCGGGGAGAGGCCAAGCCUUAGCCGAGUGGGACUUGAAGCCGGGAGCUGGCCUGAAGCUGGUUCCUUUGGACCAAUGCUUGGAGGCCUCCAGACCUUUCAGCCCAGCCCAUGUGCCUUAUGCUCCGAGUCCCCACUCUUAGCUCAGGUCUCCCUGGUGGCCUCUUCUGUUCCUGGGAGUGCCAUGGGCAUGUGUCCCCAACAUGUCCCCCUGCCACGUCUAUAGAUCAAGUUGAGCUAGUUGGGCAGCGAGGUGGGACCUUGCCUCUGGCCGUGGGCUUCCAGCUUGUGAUUGAGCAGCUGUAGGCUGAGGUGCUGCUGUGUGGUGGGGAGGCGUUUCCUGUUGAAUCCUUGGCUUGGAGCGGCUCUGCUCUGCUUCCCUGGUGGUCCGGGGACCCUGGGUGUUCCCAGCCCUGGCCCCGCGCAGCAUCCGCUUGACCUCCCAGGAAACCUCCGCCUGCCCCCUUCUGAACAGGCUCCACUGAAAUGGCGCCAGGUGGAAUAUCACACGUUUUCUCCACUCGAGUGUGACUGUGCAGUGACCGACCGGCAGAAACCGGGUGGGGGAUUGAGAAUGAAAUGGACUGGUUGAGGCCAGGAGGGUAGUAAGACCAUAGGAGUCUGCUGGAUUUGUGUGGUGGGUCCCAGAGGCUGCAGUAAAACCGUUGCCUAGGGGCCCCCUGAGGGGCAGCUGAGACCCGAGACUGCCCCCUCCACCAACUGGCUUUGGCUGUAAGAACAAGGGUUUGGUGCCAAUACCCCUUCCAGGUCACCAGGAUAACAACCCAGCCAUGCAAGAGAUGACCAAAGACACACAGGGCCGGCCGUUUAUUCUGAUCAUUUAUCCUGGAGCCCACAGGCUACUCACACUGGCCAGAGAGACCCAUUGUGUUGCAGAAGCUGUGGUCUGGCCCAGAGUUGGGGGCAUGUCUCUGUCCUUCCCAGUCCCAGCCCUGUCACCUCUGUGUCCCCUGAGGAUUAAUGGGGUUAAAUGACACGAGGCAGGGAAGAGCUGGCAGAGUGGGACUUGGUGACAGGUGGUGGUCACUUCACAUUCAAGCAGCCCACUCAGCUCCACUGCCUGCUCGUCUAUCUCCGGGGAUAACACCCAGGGACGCCCACACCACUGCUCUGCUCUCCGGUCAUUUGCUUCAGUCGUCUUACUUCAGAGGGAGCAUGCAGCCAGGAAUUACUCCUGGGUUUGAGCUGCAGACCCACGGAGCUGGGCUUGCGGAUCAGACAGGGAUCCCCCUUCCCCUGGAGAAGUAGUUCACGAGCGAGCCACCUUCCCGUGCAUAAAUGGGUUAGUUCAUAGAGAAGGGGCUGCCGAGAAACAGGUUAGAAUAAGGCCGUCCUUGCCCAGGGCAGAAGGCUGUCCCCAGGGUCCUGCUUGAUUGGGAGUGCACAUCCUUUUGGUUCAUUUGCUAAACAAACUCCUGUGUGCAAAGCAGUUCUGCACGGUUUUCAGCUCUCGUGACCCAACCUGUGGUUGAGUUUGACCCAGCCCGAGGGAGUGCAGCCAUCCCCCAGGCAUGCCUGCAGGCAGCCUGGGCAGUAGCAUCUCCCCAGUCCCCGGAGGAUGCUGGCAGGAACCUGGCGUGACCCGCAGACCACAGGAGGGGCCUAGAGCCCCUCUCCACUCCUGGAGGACACCCCCACCCACAGGUUAGGCCCAGCAGGAAAGGUGUGGACCGGAAGGCCAGAGCACAGAUCUCACGCUCUUGUCCAGCAAUCCCCCCAACACACACAUGCCUGGAGACCACACACAUGCACAUACAAAUACACGCAUGCACACACACAGACCCACCUGGAGGCCACACAUACAUGCACACACAGAUGCAGGGAGACCCUCUCGUGGCUUCGGACUCUGCAGAGGGGAGGGUUGGUCUCCCUGUCCACAGCCUCUCCCAGGGAGCCCUGGUUGGUUCCUAGUCCUCUCUCUGCCACCGGCCCCGAGACGGGGGUAUGGGUUGCUCUGAACACUGGACAAGAAGCGCCGUGCUGUGCGGGACGCUCUACCUGUCAGCCUUCCAAGGAGCCGUGGGGGCCCAGCAGCCCCUCCUGAGCUGCCAGGUAGCCCCGAUCCUCCCUUUCUUGCCUAACUGUCGUCUUCUCUUUCCCUGUCUCCCUGUCUGUCCCUUUCGCUGUCUGUCUGGCUCUCUCCCCCUCCCCGCCUGGGGCUGCAGAACCGCAUGCACGAGUCUCUCAUGCUCUUCGACUCCAUCUGUAACAACAAGUUCUUCAUCGAUACCUCCAUCAUUCUCUUCCUCAACAA